UCAUGUGGGUGUUCCCUCAACUGCCCAAUCUCUCUCUGGUUUCCAUCAGUCUCGGGUCACUCUAUCAUUGGGUACGGCGACACGGUGAUCGAACUUCUCCUUGGCCCAGAGAGCAGGCUCGGAUACCUGUGUACAGGGUGUGCACAAGCUUGACUAAAAGGACUGACGACAAAAGCUCUGAGACACACCAAUGGAAAACGAUCUGUCUUUCGGACAGGACAAUGACAUGUCCUCUGAGGAGAAUGAUUCACUCGUUCCAUCUAUGCUAAGGCUGACUCCUUCAGACCGGUAUGGCUACGACCUGGAGAUGAGCGGGCAGGAGGAGGACAUCAAGCUCCCCAUGCCGAUGAGCCUUCCUGUUGCCACAGAUGCUUUUCUCAACAUGAACACCAAUGCCACCACCAGAGGAGACGCUCAGGCAUAUGUGGAGUUGAACGAGCUCAGGGGCAGCACCUGGCAGGAGACUGGUCGAUGGGUGGGCUUUGAGGAGAAUAUGAACCCAGCCACGGGCACCUGGAGCCCCUCCCACAUCUCCUACCUCACCUUCAAGAGUCUGAUCCAGCUCCGCAAGACCAUGAGCACAGGUGUGGUCAUCCUCGACCUAAACGCAGGCAGUCUGCCUGCUGUGGCCGAAAGUGUGGCAGACCACUUGCUGAGGAAGAACGAGAUCCGCUCAAGUGAUCGAGACGUCCUUCUGAGGGCUCUCCUGCAGAGACGCAGUCAGUCUGAGGGACAACCUAUUCAAGUUACACCAGGAGGCAUAGAGAUGCAGACGUUUUCUGUCACCAAGCAGAGAGAUAAAUCUGAUAGUAUUGAAGCCUCCAUCGUCCUGUCAGGGGUCCUGGACUCGCUGGAGAGUCCGGCUGUGGCCUUUGUCAGGCUGAAGGACUCUGUGGUGAUGGAGUCGGUUCUGGAGGUCCCUGUGCCGGUGCGCUUCGUGUUUGUCCUGGUGGGGCCCAGCAACAGCGGCCUGGACUACCAUGAGAGUGGGCGGGCCAUGGGAGCACUGAUGGCUGACUGGGUGUUUAGUCUGGAGGCGUACCUGGCUCAGACUGACAAGGACCUGACCAAUGCCAUCGCUGACUUCAUGGACUGCAGCAUUGUCAUCCCGCCCACUGAGAUCCAAGACCAGACUAUGCUCCAGCCAAUCAUCAACUUCCAGAAGCAGAUGCUGCGAGACAGACUCCGCCCCUAUGACACCCGCCUCAUCAUAGGUGGAGAUGCUAAAGUGGACACGGGUCCCGAGGAGCCCAGAGAAGACCCUCUGGCACGCACAGGCUAUCCGUUUGGUGGGAUGGUGAAAGACCUCAAGCGCCGUUACCGCCAUUACAUCAGCGACUACACCGAUGCUCUGAAUCCUCAGGUCUUGGCAGCUGUCAUUUUCAUCUACUUUGCUGCCCUAUCACCUGCCAUUACCUUCGGAGGACUUCUUGCUGACAAGACCGAGCAGAUGAUGGGCGUGUCAGAGCUCAUGAUCUCCACCUGUAUUCAGGGCAUCAUCUUCUGCCUCAUUGCUGCGCAACCUGUUCUGGUCAUCGGCUUCUCAGGACCACUAUUGGUGUUUGAGGAGGCUUUCUAUGUAUUUUGCAAGUCUCAGGACCUGGAGUAUAUAGUGGGCCGCAUCUGGGUGGGUUUGUGGCUGGUGAUCAUAGUGGUGAUCAUCGUGGCUGUCGAGGGCAGCUUCCUGGUCAGAUACAUCUCCCGCUUCACCCAGGAGAUCUUUUCCAUCCUCAUCUCCCUCAUCUUCAUCUACGAGACCUUCAGCAAGCUCAUGAGGAUCUUCAAAACUCACCCUUUGAUUCUGAACUACGACCACUUGAACGACACCCAUGACAACCCAUUCCACCCGGUGAUCAAGGAGCACAUUGAAAUCCAUCCCGAUGGCAACAUCACAAUAAAGGAGUUGGAGAUAGAGAGACCGUACCCCAACACAGCUCUUCUCUCCAUGUGUCUGAUGUUUGGAUGUUUCUUCAUCGCAUACUUCCUCCGCAUGUUCAAAAAUGGCCAUUUCCUUCCGGGUUGGAUUCGUCGUUUGAUCGGAGAUUUUGGCGUUCCCAUCGCUAUUUUCAUUAUGAUUGCUAUAGACAUCAAUAUCGAGGAUGCCUACACUCAGAAAUUGGUGGUGCCAAAGGGACUCAUGGUGACCAACCCAAAAGUCCGAGGCUGGUUCAUUAACCCCAUGGGAGAGCACAAGCCUUUCCCCACCUGGAUGAUGUUUGCCUGCUGUGUUCCCGCCCUUCUCGUCUUCAUCCUCAUCUUCCUCGAGUCCCAGAUCACCACACUUAUUGUGAGCAAACCCGAAAGGAAGAUGAUGAAGGGUUCUGGUUUCCAUUUUGACCUCCUCUUACUGGUGACCAUGGGGGGCAUCGCGUCUGUGUUUGGAGUGCCGUGGUUGAGUGCUGCCACUGUGCGUUCUGUCACCCACGCCAACGCUCUGACUGUCAUGUCCAAGGGCCCCAAGCCUGAGAUUGAGAAGGUGCUGGAGCAAAGAAUCAGUGGCAUGCUUGUGGCUAUUAUGGUUGGUGUGUCUAUCCUCAUGGAGCCCAUCUUGAAGAUGAUUCCCAUGACUGCCUUGUUUGGAAUAUUCCUCUACAUGGGUAUCACCUCACUCAGUGGGAUUCAGAUGUGGGACCGCAUUCUUCUGAUGUUUGUACCCAAGAAAUACUUUCCGCAGGAUGCCUAUGCUACCAGGGUGAAGACCUUGCGGAUGCACAUGUUCACCUUGAUCCAACUUGUGUGCUUGGCCGUGCUGUGGGCGGUGAAGAUGAGCCCUUUCUCUCUGGCUCUGCCCUUCGUAAUCAUCCUCACCAUCCCAUUGCGCAUGCUCCUGACUGGUGGAGUCUUUUCAGCCACGGAGAUGAAAUGUCUGGAUGCUGAUGAUGCCAAAGUGAAGUUUGAAGAGGAGCCAGGAGAGGAUAUGUACCAUGAGUCCCCAUUGCCAUAAAUACCUUUAACCUGAAGAAGAAUUCCAGUCAAUUCAAAUCUAGCUUUUUAUGUAGUUUUUUUUUGUAACAGAAGGUUGUGCAAAUUGGAUUCCAAAAUAUAUAUAGUUAUCUUUGAGUAGUUCUGUUCUUAAUCUAAUUACUCUGCAAUAGGUGUAUAUUUUUUAUUUUUCUCUAAACCUCAUUGAUAUUGCAUUGUCCAAUCAAAAUCAAAUUUCUCAGGUGAGAAUUUAAACUUUUUUCUGAAGUAUAUAUCUGAAGUAUAUAUAAAGUUAUACAAUAGUUUCAAAGUGCCUUGAAGGUUCCAUUGCAUCAACAUUAUGAUAUAGAAUAAAAAAAUAUCUAACACGUCUACACAGAUCAAACUAUUUUCCAAAAUCUGUGAAUUUCGUGAGAUUUCCUUACUCAGUCCUUUUAUACCUUAAGAUGUUUUUUGUUAAUCAUUUGGUUCAAGCUUUUUUGUGAUAAUGCCUGCUGACUAAAAGACCAUAUGCAUUUGGUCCUUUUGUUCUUAAAAUUGCUAUUAUGUGUGAUUGGGUUGCCAUACUUUUAUAGAUUCUGUAAAUAUAUAGCCAAAAGUAUUUAAUGAGUGUCCAGUGAAUGUAUUCACCUCAUGGGGCAUGCUUUCAGAAUUGCAAACUUGGUAAGGAGCUGGAGUGAUUGCUUUGACAGUUGGGUGAACAGUAUCUACAUUUGAAUGUAAAUAUAUUGUUAUUAUCACAUAAAUCUAGUUGUCUUCUACCAUUGUAUCAUCAGUAAUGCACAUAAGGCAGUUUGCUCGUUCAUUAUUGUAUGUCUGUGCUUGUAUCACUAUGCAACUGCUGUGAUGUACACCUUAUCAAUUAAAAACAUUCACGUGA